AUGCAAAUGCAGGAAACGGGAACAUUUGAGAUGAUGACCUGUGCUACGGACCGCCCCCGCUUGUUAGCGCUUGCAGUGGUCCUUGCUGUGAUUGCUUUGGUGUCGCUCACCUUCGGCCAUCUGGGCUACAUGACGCUGUGUUGGCCCGGAGAGUGGAGUUGGUGUGCAGGAGUGGCGGAUUUGCGGAUUGAAGUGGUCCGAGUAUUUGGCUUAGUUUUUUGGCUGCGGGUCACCAUCAUGUUUGGUUGGACUUUUCAGCUGAGGACUUUGCGGGCUGUGGUGGGGCCACACUGUUGCCGAGGAGGACUCAUCCUCUCAUGUGGGGUCCUCAGUUUGACAUUGAAGGCCAACAGCGACGAUGGCAACAGUUUCAGCGUCUGUGGCAUGAAUAUUCGCCCGCUCGUGCACCUCGCGGAGACUGUGGCCAGCGUGCUUACGAUGUGCCAGGCUGAAAUUCCGGAUGAUGGUGACGCAGAUGAUGUGACGGAUCUUCAACCAGCAUCUUUGGACAAUGACAUCUCUGAGUGGCCUUUCAAUGGCAUCCCUGAGAUGACGAAUUCCCUGUCGCAAUUCUGCAAUGUGCCAGAUCUGCUGGAACUCAGGGCAUCCUGCCAGCGUUUUCAGCAUGUAGAACCGCGGUUGGUCCUGCACAGUGUCGCCUCCCUGCUGAACAUGUUGGAGAAUGGAGGACAUGUUGAGAAGCUUAGAGCUUGCAAGUGCCUGUCAAGAUGCGACGGGUACAUCGGCCCCUACACGCAUCGGAAGUGCACGAUGCUGGUCGGGCAGUUCCUGAUUGACCUUUGCUCAUCGUGCGAGAAAGACGAAAAGGAUGUGGAGUGUGCGCUGCAAGCACACAGGGCGUUGGUGAGCCACAAGAUCACAUCACGGCGGGCUCGGCCGGGAUUGUUUGAGUACUUUGGCUUGUUGGACUAG